CGUCACCUCCGGCAACGUCACCGUGACGGCUCAGUCAAAACAACCGAAACAUGAUGCUAGCGUCUCACACCCGCGAGUGAAAUGUCGUGUUUUUAGCGCUCGCCGAUGAAAACGUCGGAGAUUUGUCACCCUAAUGUCAUGAUCUUGUCGGACUAUGAGUUUGGCAGCGUUUUAUUCGGAAUAAGGGAUCGAAAAGUGAUCAUAAAAGCACCAGCGUCGCGACCGGUUUGCUAACGACAGGCGUCUUUUCAGCACUUAAACCCGUGUGAGAGGUUUGCAGGUAUCUGGGGUCCCCGGGACAGGCCGGUGCUCACCGAAGAGACGGGGAACAGGAUCGGUAAGCAGGGGGGAGCGGCCACCGCAGAGCCCGUGGAGAAGAUGGCGAGCAGCCCAGAGAAAAGCUCCUCCGCACAGGAGCUCAAGGAGCAGGGCAACCGCCUGUUCCUCAGCCGCAAGUACCAGGAGGCCGCCACCAGCUACAGCAAGGCCAUUAAUCGUAACCCGUCAGUGGCCGUGUACUACACUAACAGAGCGCUAUGCUACGUGAAGCUGCAGCAGUACGACAAGGCUCUGGCCGACUGUAAACACGCCCUCGAGCUCGACAGCCAAUCGGUGAAGGCCCACUUUUUCCUGGGACAGUGUCAGCUGGAGCUGGAGAAUUAUGAAGAGGCCAUCGGCAAUCUACAGAGAGCUUAUAACCUGGCGAAGGAACAGCGGCUGAAUUUCGGAGACGAUAUCCCAAGUGCUCUUCGCAUUGCCAAGAAGAAACGCUGGAACAGCAUAGAAGAGAAGCGAAUCAGCCAAGAAAACGAGCUGCACGCUUAUCUCAGCAAACUCAUCCUGGCCGAGAAAGAGAGAGAGCUAGACGACAGAGUGAAGCAGUCAGAGGACAGUCAGAACGGCGGCAAGAUCAAAUCCAAACACGAUAAAUAUUUGAUGGACAUGGACGAGCUUUUCUCUCAAGUAGAUGAAACGAGGAAGAAGCGAGAGAUCCCAGAUUACCUGUGUGGGAAGAUCAGUUUUGAGCUGAUGAGAGAACCCUGCAUUACUCCUAGCGGCAUCACCUACGAUCGCAAGGACAUCGAGGAGCAUCUACAGCGUGUUGGCCAUUUUGACCCAGUCACUCGCAGCCCGCUGACCCAAGAUCAGCUGAUCCCCAAUCUGGCCAUGAAGGAGGUGAUCGAUGCUUUCAUCCAGGAGAACGGAUGGGUGGAGGACUACUGAACACACACACACACACACACACACACUCGAGCGGGCCGCAGCAGUUUCCUCACGGCCAAUCGAAUCCUCUCCUGUAUGUUCAUGCACUUUAAUCAGUGGAGCUUUGCUGUGGAGAAUCUGACCCGCAGCAAUCACCUGACCCUCUUUCUCACCGUCUGUCUUUCUGUCUGUCCUUCAAACUCUUUCUGCUGUCUUUCCUUACCAGACAGAAUAAUCAGCCCGUCCUGCAGGUUCUGUUCGGACACUUGUUUUCAAUCGGAAACACUGGCUGAUGUUUGCUGCACAUGAUGAUGCUGUAAUUUUUUCAUUGAAUGUUCAAAUAGCAACAUUAUUGAUGACACAUCACUAAUAAUGAUUCAUGAAAGAGGAAACUUGCGCAGGUUGGCGUGUAUGUGUGUGUUUUAGAAUCUGUCACCUAUAAGAUCUAUAUGCAGAAUGAAUGCGAUAUAUGCGAGUGUAAUAAGUUCUAACAUAAGUAGAAUGUUUGUAAGAUGCUUCUCGAGCUUUGGGUUCUAGCAGGAUGGCGGUUUUUGUAACGAGCGUUAAAACAUAUAUUUAGACAUUCAUCCAUCUCCUGGCUGCCAAUCACUGAAAAUGAACUGAGAAUCUGUGGCAUGCAGAUAACAUCAUCAUCAUCGUUAUGGUGUAUGAUACGUUUAGUCUCACAAUGUGUGCUUUAGAACUAGAGGUAAGUGAUUAUUUCACACUAUUGAUUUAGUCUUUCCCUUUGGACCUUUGGGGAGUUUUCUGUUUCCUGUCAUGAGCACACACUUCCUGUUUAGUAUCAGUAUUUUUCAGAGAGCCCUUGUUAGUCGCUGGACAUCACAGUUCCCGAACUGUCCAUCCGGCUCGGUUCAAAUAUUCCCCAAGUGUAAUGGGUUUAGGUUGGAUGCAUGUUUAAUAAAUGUUAUUUUGUUUCUUUUUGUAA